ACAAAACACGCCAAUAAUUAAAUUAAAACCUUAUGUUGUUAUUGUUAUGGCUGGUACUAUGUGGUUUUUGAGCGCCGUCAUGUGUUUGUGACCCUUGUUGUGUUGCUGACAUCAACUCAUUCACACUCUCACUCUCUUCCAACCUUCAAUGGAACCCAUUUGCCCUAUUGGGUUGGCGUGUGCCUCUGAAAUCUCUGCUCUUCUCUCUCCUCCCUCACCUCUUCAAGUACAGGAGUAUUAUCACAACCUUUUGUCUUCAAGAGGGUGCACUGGUAUCUCAGUCAAACAGGAUGGCACCUUUGGAAAAGGUGUAUAUGCAGACAUGGACUUCAAAGAGGGAAAACUUGUUCUGAAGGACCCCAUGUUUGUAGGGGUUCAACAUUCCCUCAACAAGAUUGAUUGUUUGGUCUGUAGUUUCUGCUUUCGUUUUAUUGGUUCCAUUGAACUUCAAAUAGGAAGGAGGCUCUACAUGAAGCAACUAAGGGCCAAUGAGAGUCAUGGAUGUGAUGUCGGAAACUCUUCACAACACUUCCAAGGAAUGGAUUCAUCUGAUGAAGAAGAGAGUACUGAGCAAUGUACUUCUGGGAUUUCCAAAACUAAGGUUCCUCUUCCUGAGGGUGUUGUGGAAUCAUUAAUGAAUGGCCAAUUGGUGUUGCCUUGCUCCGAGAAGUUCUCCUUGUUGCCGGCUGUUCCAUGCCCUGGUGGAUGUGGAGAAGCUUACUAUUGCAGCAUGUCAUGUGCAGAGGCUGAUUGGGAAUCCUCCCAUUUGCUACUCUGUACUGGUGAGAGCUGUGAUCCAGCUCGUAGAGAGGCACUCCUUAAAUUCAUCAAACAUGCUAAUGAAACAAAUGAUAUAUUCAUACUUGCAGCAAAGGCUAUUUCUUCAACCAUAUUAAGAUAUCGCAAGUUAAAAGCAGCCAGUCUUGAAAAACAAGUGAAACAUGAUACAUCCUGUGUUUCAAAUCACCGUAGUGUAUCUCUUCUUUUUGAAGCUUGGAGGCCUAUAUCAAUGGGACACAAGAGAAGGUGGUGGGAUUGCAUUGCUUUGCCAGAUGAUGUGGAUUCUUCUGACGAAGCUUCGUUCAGGCUGCAAAUCAAAGAGUUGGCAUUUGAGUCUCUACAACUUCUUAAGGCAGCCAUAUUUGACAAGGAAUGUGAGCCAUUAUUCUCCCUUGAAAUCUAUGGGCAAAUCAUCGGCAUGUUUGAGCUGAAUAAUCUUGAUUUGGUUGUGGCUUCUCCGGUGGAGGAUUACUUUUUAUACAUUGAUGAUCUGACACAUCCUAGCAAGGAAGAGGCUGAGAAAAUUACUCAACCUAUUCUGGAUGCACUUGGUGAAGACUAUUCUAUUUGUUGCGAAGGGACUGCAUUUUUUCCUUUGCAAAGCUGCAUGAACCAUUCAUGUUGUCCUAAUGCCAAAGCUUUCAAAAGAGAUGAGGAUAAAGAUGGCCAAGCAACUAUAAUUGCACAGAGCUUAAUUCGUAAAGGAGAAGAGAUAACCAUAUCAUAUGUUGAUGAGGACCUUCCAUAUGAGGAGAGACAGGCAUCUCUUGCAGAUUAUGGUUUCAGAUGCAGGUGUCCAAAGUGCAUUAAAGAAGAACCAUAAUUUUGUAACUAAUGCAGAAUCCUCAAAUGUGAUUAAGUUGAUAUGCUAAGAAAAGAGGAGAAUGGAAUUGAAAGGGAACAAUUGUUAGGAGCUUUUUGUUUCUGUCUUGAAAUUUGAGUCCUUUCAAACAAAAGGUCCAUAGUUGUCUGCAUGCCACAUUUGUUACACCAAUUCUUUCAUGUUACAUCUGUAGAAACAAUUGGCAGAAAGAUAAAGCAGAGUCUCUAUCACAAGAUUAAAUAAUGAUUUCUUCA